AUGCCGCCGGCGCGCCUCGCCAGGGCGCUGCGGGCCGCGCGCCACUCCGCCGCGCAGCGCGCCUGCCCCCUCGCGCUCGCCCUCGACCUCGCCGGCCCGGAGUUCCGCACCGGCUCCGUCUACCACGGACCGCAGGUGCUGCUGGAGCCGGGCGCCGAGGUGCGGCUGGCGGAGGAACUGCGCUGCGACUGCGGCGACGGCACCGGCGACGCGCGCCGGCCCGCGCUCGUGCGGCUCGUCUGCCGCGGCGACCGCAUCCUCAUCGACGACGGCAGCAUCUCGCUCAUCGUCAUCGAGGUGGGCUACAACUACGUGCUGUGCCGCGUCGAGAUGGGCGGCGUGCUGGGCCCAGGUCGGCCCAUCUCGCUGCCCGACGCGACGAUGGCGGCGGUGGCGGAGGUGGAGGGCGAAGACGGCAGCCUGUCGGAGGUGGACCGCGCCGCGCUGCAGGUGGCGGUCCAGCUGGGCGUGCACAUCGUGUUCGUGUCGCGCGCGCGCUGCGCCAGCGACGUGCAGGAGGUGCGCAAGGCGCUACUGCCCGCGCGCCCCACGCACAUCUUCGUAUUCGCCAAGAUAGAGGACCGCCAGGGCGUGGAGGCGGCGGCCGAUCUGAUCGAGGUGUCGGACGGCGUGGUGGUGUGCCGCGGCCGCAUCGGGCAGUCGCUGGCAGCGGGCGCGGCGCUCGUGGCGCAGAAGGCGGUGGUGGCGCGCUGCCGCGCCGCGGGCGUGCCCGUGCUCGUCGCGCUGCGGCCCUCCGACGCGCCAGAGGUGGCCGAGGCGGCCGACGUCGCCAACGCCGUGCUCGACGGCGCCGACGGGCUGCUGCUCACCGAUGGCGUCACCUACGAGCGUGUCGUCGAAAUCUCCGACGCCUGCCGCGAGGCCGAGGCUGCGCGCUGGGAGAGGCUGGAGGCGAACGAGAUCCUGAGCCUGCAGCCGCCGCCCACGUCUGCGCCGGCGGCGCUGGCCAUAGGCGCGUGGGAGAUGGCGCGGCUGACGCAGGCGUGCGCGCAGGUGGUGGUGGCCGCCUCCGGCCGCAGCGCCAGGAUGGCGUCGCGCUGCCGCCCCCACUGGCCCGUCGUCGUCGUCACCAGAAGCGCCUCCACCGCGGCGCGCUGCCUCUGCUGGUUCGCGCUGCUGCCACUGCACUACCGAUACCCCAAGCAGGCCACCUGGCCUCAAGAGGUGGAGGCGCGUGUGAGUGCGGCGGUGCGGCUGCUGAGGAACCGCGAGAUAGCCAAGCCGGAGGACAGGGUGGUGCUGCAGUACCCCAGCCACGCGGGCAGCUCCUACUGCGACGCCAUCGCCGUCUUCGGGGUGAGCGAGCCCUGGACCUUCCACGAAAGAAGCAGGUCAGCAGUUCUCCACCUGGGUUCGCUGACAAUCUGUGUCGGCGACGCUGCAACAGACAUGUUAGUCCCCGACGGGCUGCCCUCCGAUGGACCAGAGUUGGUGGCGCCAGAUUUCUGCUUAUCCCUUAUCCAGAAAAUUCACUGGAUAAGCGAAGACAUGGUUGGAAAUAAAUUUCUGGAUUUUUAA